AAGAUAAUGCUAUCUCACCUACCACCCGCACCUCCCACGUUUUAACGGCAUACUUUGUUCCAUUCGCCGUGCUAUUAUCUUUAAGUCCAGUACCUCACGAGAUGCCGAUAUUACCUUUAACGGAAAGCACUGCCAGGCGUCUAGGCUCGACUCUGGCCAUCACCAGCCCGGUGCUCUUGCUUAAGGAGCUCUUGGACAAUGCAAUUGACGCAGACGCAACAUCUAUGGAUGUUCUGGUAGCGCCUAACACAGUCGACAGAAUCGAAGUCAGAGAUAACGGCCACGGUAUCAGCCCCGAAGAUUUUGAUGGCCUCGGCCGCCCCGGCCACACAAGCAAGCUCAGGUUCUUGGAAGAACUUGACACGCUAGGAGGAAGAACGCUAGGAUUUCGGGGUGUUGCGUUGGCGAGCAUUAACGCUUUAGCGGACGUUUCUAUAACGACUCGAGUGGCGACGGAACAUGUUGCAACAGUCAUAUCCCUCGCGAAGGGAGGAGGCGUUGCCACUCGGCGUCACGCUGCCUCACCCGUCGGCACCGUCGUUCGUGUGGCGAGCUUGUUCUCGAAUCUACCCGUUAGGCAACGUGCUGCCCUCAAAGAUGCACAGAAGAGUUUGGACAGAAUGAGGGAUCUUCUGCGAGCCUAUGCGCUUACGAGACCAUCCAUCAGGUUGCGGUUCACUGUGUUGCAAAACCCUGGCCUAUCAUGGUCCUACCCCCCAGCCGUCAACGGGGGUGUCAAAGAAGCUGCGCUGCAGCUGUUCGGAAUGGACUUAGCGUCUCAGUGCACGUUUCUAACGUUCCCAGGCGAACAUUCCGAGAGAGAUGAUGGCUAUUCGAACUUCCAGGAUGACACUGAAUGCUCAACUAGGCAAGAAGGAGGCGCAAUAUUUGAAGCUCUCUUGCCUGGAGCUACAGCCGAUCCACUAAAGGUUUCUAAAGGAGCGUUUGUCUCUGUGGACGGACGACCGAUCUCGACAGCACUAGGGACGGCAAAAAAACUCGUUUACGUUUUCAGAAGGUGCUUUGAGGACCAUUUUGCCACUACUGCCUCGAGGAAUCCGCCCAGAGACCCCUUCAUAACGUUGAACAUUCGCUGUCCGCCGGGAGCCUACGAUGUAAACAUCGAACCGUCAAAGGAGGACGUCAUCUUCAAGGAGGAGGAUAGGAUUGUUGGCCAACUCGAGUCGUUCCUAUCACGAAUCUACCCUCCCUCUGCCCCCCAUGGCUCAAAACAAUCCGCUAGGGCCGACGUCGGACCAAGUGCUAAAGCAGGUGCCGAGCGAAGCUCAGAGGGUUCCCUCCGAAGCCUGCCGCCACAGGUACGGUGACAUUCAUGCACAACCCACCAGCCUCUUACUGACAUCCUAAGACUGCGACUCAGACAUGGAUAGUUGACAUGUCUGCGGGACUCGACGGAGAGAGCGAAAGUGAGGCCGAUAGCUACGGCAAUGAUGGCUCACAAUGCACGCAACGGCGAGUUCAGGACGACGCGGACAAGGAACCCCUUGAGUCGUCUUCGAAGGAGGGUCUAAAUCCGUGGUCUAUCGCGAAACUCGCGAGAACAAAGAGAAAGGGUGAACUGACGAUCGAAGGAGUUGUACAAGGAAACCAUCACAGAGCUCACACUGAAAUUCCAGGGGGCGGUUCCAUGAACUCAA